UUGUUGCUCUCGAAGCAACCUCACUUUCUAAAGCCAUUGUGAUUGUGCAGGGGAGGAGGCUGUGGCGGGCAGGGCUGGUGGUAGUAAAUGACACAGCUUUGCCAGAUGACAUGUAGCGGACCUCUGCAUCAGCCUAGAGGAAUUAAGCUUUGUCACUCCCCACUGGGACCACCUUUCUCCUGGUAUGUGCGCGAGGAAUUCAUAUGCUGCCGCUGCAGCCGCCAGAGCAGAGCCCUGAGUACACUUUGCCACCGCCAGCAGUGAGCGAGAAUGAUAGCUGUCUCUUUUAAAUGCCGUUGUCAAAUUCUGAGGCGCCUCACCAAAGAUGAGAGUCCCUACACUAAAUCCGCCAGCCAGACAAAGCCGCCUGAUGGAGCAUUGGCUGUGAGGAGACAGAGCAUCCCAGAGGAAUUCAAGGGCUGCACUGUCGUCGAGUUGAUGAAGAAGGAAGGCACGACACUUGGGCUGACAGUGUCAGGAGGAAUUGAUAAGGAUGGCAAGCCCAGAGUCUCCAAUCUGCGGCAAGGAGGGAUCGCUGCUAGAAGUGAUCAGCUUGAUGUGGGGGACUAUAUCAAAGCCGUGAAUGGGAUCAACCUGGCCAAAUUUCGCCAUGAUGAGAUCAUCAGCUUGCUGAAGAAUGUUGGGGAAAGAGUGGUUCUUGAAGUUGAGUAUGAGCUGCCGCCGGUCUCUGUUCAAGGAUCAAGCGUUAUUUUCCGAACGGUGGAGGUCACUUUACAUAAAGAAGGCAAUACCUUUGGUUUUGUAAUACGAGGAGGAGCACAUGAUGAUAGAAAUAAAUCUCGACCAGUUGUGAUAACGUGUGUUCGUCCUGGAGGGCCCGCUGACAGAGAGGGCACCAUCAAACCCGGUGAUAGGCUGCUCAGUGUGGAUGGGAUUCGGCUGCUUGGAACCACACAUGCUGAAGCCAUGAGUAUUCUGAAACAGUGUGGACAAGAAGCAACGCUGCUGAUAGAAUAUGAUGUCUCAGUAAUGGAUUCCGUGGCAACAGCAUCCGGGCCCCUACUAGUUGAAGUUGCCAAAACUCCUGGUGCCAGCCUUGGGGUUGCCCUAACUACCUCGAUGUGCUGUAACAAGCAGGUCAUUGUCAUAGACAAAAUAAAAUCUGCAAGUAUUGCUGACAGAUGUGGUGCACUGCACGUAGGGGACCACAUUCUGUCCAUCGAUGGGACCAGCAUGGAGUACUGCACCCUGGCAGAAGCAACCCAGUUCCUGGCCAACACCACCGACCAGGUCAAGCUGGAGAUUCUUCCCCAUCACCAGACCCGCCUGGCCUUGAAGGGACCUGAACAUGUGAAAAUUCAGAGGAGCGACAGGCAACUUACCUGGGAUUCCUGGGCCAGCAACCACUACAGCCUUCACACCUACCAUCACUAUAACACCUACCACCCUGACCAUUGCAGAGUGCCAGCACUGCCACUCCCGAAAGCACCUCCUCCAAACAGCCCUCCAGCUUUGGUGUCUUCAUCCUUCUCUCCUACCUCCAUGAGUGCAUACAGCCUGAGUUCCCUGAACAUGGGAACUUUACCUCGAAGCCUCUACUCCACUAGCCCACGUGGAACCAUGAUGAGGAGGAGACUGAAAAAGAAAGACUUCAAAAGCUCACUGUCUUUAGCCUCCAGCACGGUUGGCCUCGCAGGGCAGGUGGUUCACACAGAGACCACAGAGGUGGUGCUGACGGCAGACCCUGUCACAGGAUUUGGGAUCCAGCUGCAAGGCAGUGUGUUUGCCACGGAGACGCUCUCUUCUCCACCUCUGAUUUCCUACAUUGAAGCUGACAGCCCCGCAGAGAGAUGUGGAGUGCUACAGAUUGGAGACAGGGUAAUGGCCAUUAACGGAAUUCCAACUGAAGACAGCACCUUCGAGGAAGCCAAUCAGCUCCUCCGGGACUCAUCCAUCACGAGCAAGGUCACCCUGGAAAUCGAGUUUGAUGUUGCAGAGUCCGUCAUCCCAAGUAGUGGAACAUUUCAUGUAAAGCUCCCUAAGAAGCACAAUGUGGAACUCGGAAUAACCAUAAGUUCACCCUCCAGCAGGAAACCCGGAGACCCCCUUGUCAUUUCAGAUAUCAAGAAAGGCAGUGUGGCACACAGAACUGGAACCCUGGAACUUGGGGAUAAACUGCUUGCAAUAGAUAACAUCCGGCUGGACAACUGUUCCAUGGAAGAUGCUGUUCAGAUUCUCCAACAAUGUGAGGACCUGGUGAAGCUCAAAAUCCGCAAGGAUGAAGAUAAUUCAGAUGAACAAGAAAGUUCUGGAGCAAUUAUUUACACCGUGGAGCUUAAGCGCUAUGGCGGCCCCCUAGGCAUCACAAUUUCAGGAACUGAAGAGCCGUUUGAUCCUAUAAUCAUUUCAAGUCUCACUAAAGGGGGAUUAGCUGAAAGAACGGGUGCGAUCCACAUAGGAGACCGAAUCCUUGCCAUCAACAGCAGCAGCUUGAAAGGGAAGCCUCUGAGUGAAGCCAUCCACUUGCUACAGAUGGCAGGAGAGACUGUCACCUUGAAAAUUAAGAAACAGACAGAUGCCCAGUCAGCAUCAAGUCCCAAGAAAUUUCCCAUCCCCAGCCACCUGAGUGACCUGGGAGAUGUAGAGGAGGACUCCUCCUCGUCUCAGAAGACGGGCAAGCUCACCGACAUGUACCCAUCCACCGUGCCCAGUGUGGACAGUGCCGUGGACUCGUGGGAUGGCUCCGGAAUCGAUACAAACUAUGGGAAUCAAGGCACUAGUUUCCAGGCUGCAGGCUAUGCCUUCAACACCUAUGACUGGAGGAGUCCGAAGCAGAGCAGCAGUUUGUCCCCAGUCACUAAACCCCGAAGCCAGACGUACCCAGAUGUGGGGCUGAGUAAUGAAGACUGGGACCAGUCCACUGCCAGCGGUUUUGCAGGGGCUGCCGACUCUGCCGAUGCUGAGCAAGAGGAGAAUUUCUGGUCUCAAGCAUUGGAGGAUUUAGAGACCUGUGGACAGUCAGGAAUUCUGAGAGAACUCGAGGAGAAAGCUGACAGGCGUGUGUCUUUGAGAAACAUGACUCUCUUGGCAACAAUUAUGUCGGGGAGCACGAUGAGUUUGAAUCACGAGGCCCCAACACCUCGCAGUCAGCUGGGGCGACAGGCCAGCUUUCAAGAACGGAGCAGCUCUCGGCCACACUACAGCCAAACAACUCGGAGCAACACCCUGCCCUCAGAUGUGGGCCGGAAGUCUGUGCCUCUGAGAAAAAUGAAACAGGAAAUAAAGGAGAUCAUGUCCCCAACUCCUGUGGAGCUGCACAAGGUGACCUUGUACAAGAGCUCUGACAUGGAGGACUUUGGGUUCAGUGUUGCGGACGGCUUGCUGGAGAAAGGAGUGUAUGUUAAAAAUAUUCGCCCGGCUGGACCUGGAGAUCUCGGUGGCUUAAAGCCCUAUGAUAGGCUCUUACAGGUGAAUCACGUGCGGACGAGAGACUUUGACUGCUGCCUUGUGGUGCCCCUCAUAGCCGAAUCCGGUAAUAAGCUAGACCUGGUGAUCAGCAGAAACCCACUCCCUUCCCAGAAGUCUAUAGAUCAGCCUCUCCCAGGAGAAUGGAGUGAACAGAACAAUGUGUUUUACCAACAGCCUAGCCAUGGUGGUAACUUGGAGAUACGAGAACCCACUAAUACAUUAUAGCAACGCUUUUUAUAAAGCAGGACAAAAGACAAUAUCUACAUGGUGCUAAAAACAAAACAAAACAAAAAAAAAGAAAGAAAAAAGAAAAUCCCUUUAAGAUUUCUGUGACCUCGAAGCACAGAUAAUCACGUGGCAUUAACUGCAAGCACAGGGGUCUUUUCAGUCUCUCUCAUGGCUCAUGUUCAUGUCCCUUUUCAAGUUGAAAAGGUUGCUUUUCUGGUGACCACAAUGGUACAGGUAACUUCCUGUCUAGCCCAAUGGUAGAGAAAAAGAACACUAGGUAAGCACCCUCUUCCCCCUCACAAACAAUUAACAUCAGAGGAAAUUUUUUUACAAGUUCAUCUUCCUAUCACUUUUUAAAAAGAGAAAUGUCUGUUUGAAAAAUACUGAUGAUUUCCUUAAAUUCACUUUGAAAUCAGUUUCUUACAAAGAAGUAAGUCAUCCAUGUUAGACCAUAACCAAGAAAAAGCUUUCGUUAAAACUGG